GCUAACCGUUCACGGACUCGAUUUCACCCCUUAGUUAGUCUGCUAUUCUUCGUCUGCUUCAACGAGACAACAACAGAUCUGUAAGGAUAUCAGGGACGAACAAGCGUUUGUUUCUCGGUCGAUUGUUUUGAGUAAAAUGGUGUCACCAAAAGUGCUCUAUUUCAGUCUUGCUUCAUCGAUAGCUGUAGCCCUGGCUUCCAUAAUCUACAUAAUCGUCGAUAAGACCUCAUACUGUCGCGAUGGCAACCCAAAAUCAAACACGGCUGUCUCAUACGAGGAUGGAAUGGUUGUCUGUUUGCCCGGUUACGUUUUCGCAGACGGCAAUACAACACAUUACAUAACUUGCGAUUCACCUCCCUACUGGAAUUGGAAUUCCGUACCCGAGUGUAUUAAAAUAAAUGAAGCAUUUGCCUGGAAGUGUCCUGUACAAUCCCCUGAUUUCGAACUUGCAGGAGAAAUCUUGAUUUUUCAGGCGGACCCUUUGGAUGCUGUUCACGUCCAGGGUAAGCUUCAAGGCUUGAAAAGUUCAACUAUUCAGGUGAUUAACGUAGAAGACACCAACAAGACAUGUCACAUAACCAACGAGUUAGGUUUAAUGGGAUCCUUCAAUACCGGCAUGAUUAUUGACGGAAAUGAUCUCCUUAUAAAUGAAACUCUAACAAAUCCCAUGAUGUUAAACGAAACUUUCCAGUUUUUUAUCCGAGCUAUCGGAUCCCAACACGUCCAGCAGCAACGAGAAGAUCAGUUUGAUGGCGUUGCUGUAUUUGCUCUCGAGCAAAAAGACAAAACGAUUGGAGUGUUCAGUACAAAUUCUGUAUAUUCAAUGUGAGAAAACUCACUUUCCCCCUUUUACUUUUCAAAUUUUUAUUUCUAAUACACGCCGCGCUGGAGACAACUUCUAGCCAUAUGGCAACAUGGCUUGCUAUCCAGCAGACUACGAGAUCCAUGUGUGAAAGUUUUUCACUUAUCGUUAUCUAGUUUGUUUAUUAAAUUAAGCAAUAAAAUUAGACCGCCUUCCAAUGAUUUGCAUGCAGAGUAAAAAUAUUUAGCUUGAUUUCCAAAAUGUGGAACUACCGGGCGGCUAGCAUUCGCCCUAAUAUGAUUCUAAAGAGAAGUCUAGCUCCUAAAUUAACCCUGAAUCACGAGUCAGUGUCGUUAAAUAGGAGCCUUUGGAGCGGGAACAAUAGUAAACCAAAAUCAUUUCUAACCGCCUUUGGGACUCGCUUAUUGCGUGCCUUUGAUCGUAAUUUAAAGUCUUUAUUUAAGAUGGGAAGAUGUACUAGAAAUUCUGUGUUUGGUUCCCUGCUGGAAAAUCGUUUAGUUCAAGUUAUGCUUGUAGAUUUUGGCCGUUCUGUUACCAAAAGUAGAGAUAUCUUACUCAGUGCCACCUGCCUCUCAGUCUACAACUGGGAAGAAAACUCCCAUCGCAGUGAGCAAAUUCAAGACCUUGCGAGUGAUAUUUCUUUCAUUAAUCAAUUGACACUUGAAACACUUACUUGCAAGUCGUGCCAAAAAAGGUUAAAGAUUGAUCAGAAAGUGCCAGAUGUUGUUUAUUGUUCAUGCUCUGAUAGUAAACCAUCAAGUGCAGAACUUAAUGGUUGGAAGCCUUUCAUAGAGAGACCCAAUACUCUUGUAUGGCGAAAAGAACAUGAAAUAUACAAGGGCUUGUAUGCCUACAAAAUGUACGGGCGCUUUGAAACAAUAAAUGCAAUGGAUUUUCUUCGUGUUCAACUGGAUACAAAUUUUAGGAAGCAGUGGGACGCAUCAGCGAUUCAACUUGAAAUUAUAGAGGAAAAUGUGAAUACCAAUACAGAUCUAGUCUAUUGGGAAAUGCGAUGGCCAAGACCAUUUGCGAAUCGUGAUUAUGUUUUUAAAAGGAAGCUGACAUUCAUUCCCAAAGAAAAUGUUUGUGUCAUUUCAAGUGUGGCCACAUCUCACCCAGAAGUCCCAGUCAAAAAGUCAAUGCAUCGAGUCACAGAGUAUUGGAGUUAUAUGGUUGUCAAACCGUUCACGAAUUUUGAAAGGCCUGGUACAGAAUUUGUCCUCACCUACUUCGAUAAUCCUGGUUUAUCUAUCCCAUCAUCCGUCUCAACUUGGGUGGCAAUGACAGGACUUCCAAAUUUUGUGGGCAAGCUGCAUGAUGCUGCUGGUAGGGUAACAGAUCUGGCGGGUCCUGAACCCGCAUUGAUGCACUGCCUUCGAGCACAGAUGGAUGCACAUCGGCGAGAUGUAAUUACCUCCAUCGAAAUUGAGGAUACGUUGACGGUACAGUUACCCUCCGAAGACGAGGCGACGUCUACGGGACAGCAGGAUUCUUCCACAGUCCAGGAAGAAAUAUUUUCAUUAACUGUUGUGGAAGGAGCACCGAAUCUGAAAAACGAGGGAGAUCAGCAGAAAAAUCCGCAAGAGGAAGCAUCAUCGAUAGUGCAAGCAGAAUCUACGCUGGCAGAAGAUAUAACUCCGGCCAAUCGAACCCCUCCUACAGCGUCCUCGGUUUCCAGUUUGCCUUCUUUGGUUACCAAUUCGGAUCCUGUGAAUUCGCAAGGGUCUGCUUCUCUAGGAGAUGCCGUUAAAACGACACCUCCUGCUUCCGCAAGCCCGACGGCUCCCACUAGUUCCGCCUCGCCUUCUUGCUCAACUGCAUCAAACUCAUGUAGCGAUAACGCCCAGUUUUUAGCCAGAAGCCCAGUUUAUUGCUAGGUAAAUUGCAAAUCUUAUUGAAGUUCUUCUGGUUUACAAUCGCCAGCAGUCUCUUUAUUUUUCAUUUAAUUCCUUUCGUAUCCGUAUGCAAUCCCUCCCUCUUGAAAUUUGCUGCGACUCUGCUGGCCGUUAAUCUUUUAUCCCACGAAAGAAGAGCAACACGUAGUCCAUGGAUGGCAAUAUGCAUUAGCUGUCGAUCUAUUGUUGCGGCAUCUUGUCUCAAAUUAAAAUGAACUUAUACAUGUUCGCUGUCAAGUUCUAAGAAACACUAUGGAAGUCUAUACAGUUUUUGAAACUAUAUUUGAAAAAGAAAUUAUUUGGCCAUAAAUGUGAUUGUUAUCCGUAACUGUUGAUUUC